UAACGUUAGCUGGCUAAAGAAGUCAUUCAACCUGUUAGCACUGUUAUGCUGCAACAAGAAAACACUCACUCCUCUAACCGUUAGCUGGCUAGCUAAUGUAGCUUGCAUUUGCGCUGUAACAAUGUUUAACUAGCUAGAUAACAUUAUUAGCAAACAUCCUCAUGUGUUAUUAGUUAACCGUGGUAAAUGGUGUUAUGCCUAGCCGAGGAUAUAUGUGGGCUACGUUAGCCAAUGCAAACAUUUCUAACGUUAGCUAUGCCCUGCUAGCUGAAAUGGCUAACUAGGCACCUUAAAAAUCCAGCUAACGUUAGAUGGCUAACUAACGUCAUGACAACACCCUGUAGAAGUAUGGCCUCUCAAAAUAUGGACCCUGCAGCCGCCUCGUCCACAGCAGCUCUGAAAGGGACUGAGACCGGUGGGAGUGCAGCAAAGGGCUCAGUCACGAAGAGACUUCAACAAGAACUGAUGACACUAAUGAUGUCUGGAGAUAAAGGGAUCUCUGCUUUCCCGGAGUCUGACAACCUUUUUAAGUGGAUAGGAACGAUAGACGGAGCUCAGGGAACAGUUUACGAAGGCCUGAGGUACAAGCUGUCGUUGGAGUUCCCCAGUGGCUACCCGUACAAAGCCCCCCGAGUGAAGUUCAUCACGCCAUGUUUUCACCCCAACGUCGAUGAUCAGGGCUUCAUCUGUCUGGAUAUCUUGAAAGACAAGUGGUCAGCCCUGUACGACGUACGGUCCAUUCUUCUGUCCAUCCAGAGUUUAUUAGGAGAGCCCAACAUUGAGAGUCCAUUGAACACUGCUGCUGCUGAGCUUUGGGAUAACCAGGAAGCCUUCAAAGCCCAUUUGAACACAACCUACAAGAACUGACUCGAGCUCCUACAAUCCUGCCAUGUUUUAUUUCUAUGUGUUUUUCUAUGCUUCUAAUUAUGUACAUUUCAAUACUGGGUAUGUCUCUACAAUAUUUUUGUUUGUAUGACCUCUAUGUGAAUAAAGAUGUCUAGGUAUGUUAA